CCGCCCCUUCCCUCGGGCUCGCGCAUCUUGGUCCAGCUGGGCGCGGGCGCGGGCUGGUCUGGUCUGGGUCUAGGUGGCCGGAGUUGCCCGUGCUCAGCUCGCGGUCCGCCCGCCUUCCGCAGCCAUGGCGGACCCGGGCUCUGGGCAGCCUCACCUGCUGCUGCCGCCGGGGCUGCUGGAGCUGGGCGCGCUGCUGGGGGCCUCCCAGGAGAGCCUCCGCGACGUGGAGCAGAUUGCCCAAAAGAAGGGAAUAAAAAAACUUCUUCCUCUUGAGCCUGAGGUCCUCUCUAUUUUUGUGCCUCCGUUCAUUAGUAAAGAAGACAGUUCAACAGCUAGUGCCAAUUGUACUAAUCUGAAUAAAACAAGAAGACGAUCUUUCAGAAAAAAAAGAGACAAGCUCAGAAUUGAAAAUUGGAAAAGCCCCCAAGAAGUUCAGAAAGUACUUGAUGUAGAAGAUGUUAGCAUUCCAAAUGGUGUGGAUCUGAACGCUUUGCCACAGCUAUGCUUUCCAGGAGGACUCUGUGUAACUCCUGAACCGAAGGAAGACCGGGUACAUUUCCUGGUCCUUACUGAUAUAUGUGGGAACAGAACGUAUGGUGUGGUUGCACAAUAUUAUAAACCUGUACAAGAUGAACAUUGCUUCUACAAUGGCAAAACACACUGGGAAUUCUCUGGGCAGAUCAUGCAUGCUGUUAGCUACUUUGUGCCUUUUGCUAUUUGUCUUAUAUCUAGAUAUCCAUAUUAUAACGCCUUCAGAGAUUGUCUUUCCUGUUUAUUGGCACAGCUGAAGUUUUGUAAGGAUUUUGAUGUUGUUGAUGAGCGAAUAAAAGAUUUUGCUGCAAAAUUGUCUUUAAUCCCUAGUCCUCCACCUGGACCACUGCAUUUGGUAUUUAACAUGAAGCCACUACAGGUAGUGUUUCCUUCACGGGCAGAUCCUGAUAGCCCCAUUAUAGAUCUGGACCUUCACCUUCCCUUAUUAUGCUUCAAACCUGAGAAAGUACUACAGAUCAUAACCUGCAUUUUAACCGAACAACGGAUUGUCUUUUUCUCUUCGGACUGGGCUCUGCUCACUCUCAUUGCUGAGUGCUUUAUGCUGUAUCUUCACCCUAUUCAGUGGCAGCAUACUUUUGUACCCAUUCUUUCUGGUCAGAUGCUGGACUUUGUAAUGGCUCCUACAUCCUUCCUUAUGGGUUGUCAUCUUGAUCACUUUGAAGAAGUUAGCAAGGAAGCAGAUGGCUUAAUCUUAAUAAAUAUUGACAAUGGAAACAUUACCUAUUCCAAAUCCUUGGAUGAUGAUGAUGAUGAUGAUGAUAUUGAUAUUCCAGACAUCCCUUUGCAAGCUGCUCAGACAUUUAUUCAAAGGGUAGAAAGCCUUCAGUUGCACUAUGAUCUAGAACUCUCCCAUCUAAUGCCCAGUACAGAUUUAAGUGGGGUCCAAGCACGUAGAAGGGCAUGGCAACAAAAACAGAAUUCUGAAAUGCAGCAAAUUACUUUACAACUAAUUGUUAACAUCUUCAGAGAAGUAAAAAACCAUCUUAAUUAUGAACAUAGAGUGUUCAAUAGUGAAGAAUUCCUCAAAACAAGAGCACCACAGGAUCAACCAUUUUAUAAAAAGGUGUUAGAGACCUACAUAUUUCAUUCUUUUCUUAAAGCUCGUCUUAAUAGAAGAAUGGAUGCAUUUGCUCAAAUGGAACUUAGCACUGAGUCUGAAGAAGACAGAAUGAAUGUCAUGCUUAUAAGCCCAAGAAGACCAACAAUUGAGAAAAUAGCUUCUCGAAAAUUUUCCUCUCAGCACAUAGCUAACAGACGAAUGGUAAUGAGCAUGCCGAAUCUACAAGACAUAAAAAUACCUGAAUUACCCCCAAGGAAUUCAUCACUUCGGAAAUUAGAAACUGUGAAUAGUUACAAAGGCAGUAAUACAGUUCCAAAGCUGACCUCCAAAUCAGUGUACACAUUCAAGAUACCAGAAAUCCAUUUUCCGCUGGUGAGUCAGUGUGUUCAUUCCUAUUAUGAAGAUUUUAUCAACUUUCUGAGUAAGGAUAUCAAUUGCCCAACAUCUGAUAAUUCUGUGCUGCUGGCAAGAUAUCUCUACCUUCGAGGACUCAUUAAUUUAAUGCAAGGGAAACUCCUGAGAGCACUUUCAGAUUUUCAGAGUCUAUACAAAACGGACAUAAGUAUUUUUCCUGCUGAUCUCGUAAAUAGAAUGGUAGCAUCAAUGUCUUCUUCUGAGCGUUCCCAAGCUGACAGGCAACCUGAGCUCAAAAGACUCAUUAGUGAAAUAACAGAAAAACCAAGAGAAGCCACAAAGAUAGAUGACCACGUGAAAAACUUUGAAUUACCAAAGAAGCAUAUGCAUCUGGAUGAUUUUGUGAAGAGAAUACAGGAAUCAGGAAUUGUGAAAGAUAUCAAAAUUAUCCACCAGUUGUUUGAAGCAUUAACCGUAGGGCACCAGAAGCAAAUUGACCCUGAAACAUUCAGAGAUUUCUACAACUACUGGAAAGAGACAGAGACAGAGGCCCAAGAAGUCAAUCUUCCACCUGAGGUCAUUGAACACCUAGAUAAAAAUGAAUGUGUUUACAAACUUUCAAGUUCAGUCAAAACAAACCUCGGAGUGGGGAAAAUAGCCAUGACACAGAAGCGUUUGUUUCUCCUUACAGAAGGAAGACCUGGCUAUGUGGAAAUUUCCACCUUCAGAAAUAUAGAGGAAGUGAAAAGUACGACUGUAGCCUUUCUGGUUCUGAGGAUACCUACUCUAAAAAUUAAAACUAUUUCCAAAAAGGAGGUCUUUGAGGCUAAUCUUAAAACCGAAUGUGAUCUUUGGCACCUGAUGGUGAAGGAGAUGUGGGCUGGAAAGAAAAUGGCUGAUGAUUAUAAGGAUCCCCAAUAUAUUCAGCAAGCACUGACCAAUGUUUUGUUAAUGGAUGCUGUGGUUGGUGCACUUCAGUCAUCAAAUGCCAUUUAUGCUGCCUCCAAAUUAUCUUAUUUUGAUAAGAUGAAGACUGAAAUGCCUGUGUCAGUUCCAAAAACAACUUCAGAAACACUGAAGCAUAAAAUAAAUCCCUCCUUAGGAGAAACUUCCCCACAAGCUAUAGAUAUCUUAUUAUACACACCAGGACACCUUGAUCCAGCAGAAAAGAUUGAAGAUGCUCAUCCCAAACUGUGGUGUGCUCUAAGUGAAGGCAAAAUGAUUGUGUUUGAUGCAUCUUCAUGGACAAUCCAUCAGCAGUCCUUUAAAGUAGGCACUGCUAAGUUGAAUUGCAUGUUGAUGGCCGAGCAGAAUCAAGUUUGGAUCGGUUCUCAGGACUCCAUUAUUUACAUUAUUAACAUUCAUAGUAUGUCCUGUAACAAGCAACUCACUGAUCAUCGCUCUAGUGUCAUGGAUCUAAUCAUAGAAGAUGGAAAUGAGGAAUCUGGCAGCAGUGAAGUCUAUUCAUGCAGUUUGGAUGGAGUAGUCAUCGUUUGGAAUGUCAGCACUCUGAAAGUGAAUAGGAGAUUUUGCCUGCCAUGCCAAAAUCUAACUUCCAUUAAGUUUCAUAAUGGGCACCUUUGGUGCUGUACAGGCUAUAGCAUUAUGGUUGUGACAAAUGGAUUUCUUCGACAAGAACUGAAAAUUGAUGAGCUUUUUAAGGAAACAUAUGUUUCUUUCCUUUGUUUCCAGCUAGUUCCUGAGAAAGACCAGGUCUGGGCAGCAUGUGCUGGAUGCAGAGACAUAUAUGUCUGGAACAUAAAGGACUUCUCAAGGCCACCUCAUAAAAUUCAGCUUCAAGACUGUUCAGAGAUCAGCUGUAUGAUCAAAGUAAAAAACCAGAUCUGGGUUGGCAGCAAAGGACUGUCCCAAGGAAAAUGCAAAGGAAAAAUCUAUGUGAUUGAUGCUGAAAAGAAAACUGUGGAGAAGGAGCUGGUGGCCCAUGCUGACAUGGUGAAGGCUUUGUGUUCAGCAGAGGACCGAUAUGUACUGAGUGGUUCAGGCAAAGAGGAAGGAAAGAUUGCUAUUUGGAAAGUUGAAUAAUUUUUAGUAUUUUAAAAUGUGUUUCCCACAGACUUGUCACCAUGAUGGCCAGAAAAUAGGACCGUUGAAGGUCAUAUUAAAUAAAUGUAUAUUUUGGCUGUUAUCAUACAUUCAUCACUUUUUUUAAAAAAGCAGACAAACUCUUGGAAGUCCUUCAUUCCAACUCACUCAUUUUAUCAAAGUCUAGAAAAGAGAAAUUAUUUAUUUAAGGUCACAGAAAUGUGACUAAACUCUACCACGAUGUUUUAUAUUUCUGUUGCCAAGACAAUCACAGUCUUUAUCAGAUUAAGUUAUGUUCUGGUUCCUUAUUUGGAAUAGGAAGUAGGCUAAGACUUAACCAUAAAUAUGAAGGAAUGUCAACAUUAAGCAACCAAAUCUCACUUACCUAGAAUCCUCACAAUUAAAACAUUAGCUUCAAGAUUAUUUAAACAGUGAAUUCUUGGCUGUGUUUGAAAACUCCAGAAACAAUGGUGUUGUGAAAAAAUCCUUUCUUUUUUCUUUUUCUUUUUUUUUCUUUUUUUUUUUUUUUGUUGAGGCAUUUGGGGUUAAGGGACUUGCCCAGGGUCACACAGCCAGGCAGUGUUAAGUGUCUGAGUCCAGAUUUAAACUCAGGUCCUCCUGAUUCCAGGGCAGGUACUCUAUCCACUGCGCUAUCUAGCUGCCCCUGUGACCAAAUUCAAUAGAGAUUCCUGAGUGUUUGUGUGACACCAUUUUGCCUUGUCUGAUCCUUAGAUUCAUGGAUCCAUCUGCAUAGCCACAGAUCUGUGAUUAAAUGUUCCGUAUUUAUAUUUCAUUUUUCAUCUGGUUUUAUGAGCAGUCUUAUCUUCAUCAUUAAAACUUCCAUUUUUACCAUAUGUGAUCAAGCUUGUCUGCAGAGUAAUGACUGAUCUGGUGGGCUAUUUUGUCAUUCCACCUAUGGCCAGUGCCUGAAUUUUUUCUUAAUGACCUCAUAACUUAUGUAAUAAAGAAACUUUAAUAAAUAUUUUUAAGUAUCUCUCAUUGUUACUUGAAUAAUGAGAUUCUUAUGUAAGUGCUACCGCACUUAAAAAAAAAAAGCACCCACCACAAAAUAUGCUUUUAAAGUAUUAUAUAGUAUCUGGUUGGUUGUUAAUCUCACCUCCAAAGAAACUGCCUGUCAGGUAUACAGGGACAACUUCAGGGUUUUUUCUAUGCUUGCUUAUAUAUGUAUAUAGUGCUGCAUUAUUUAAAUUAGGAAAAAAGUUCUGGGGAGUUUAAUAUCAAUAUUUAAAAUGUUUAUGUUUCAGUAGUUCAAUUAUCUAUGUUUUCAUCAGUGUAAGUACUCUCUCUGUUCAUAUAAAUUGAAAUUCUUCUCUUCUUUAGUACACAGUUUCAUAAAUUGCUAUAAAAUCCCACCCUACCCCCCACCACCAAAAAAAAAAAAAUUAGCUACCUGCCAACUUUGGCUGGGCUAGAUCUUAAACUUCAAACAGCAUCAGCCAAAAGGUCCAUUUUCCCAGCUUGGUGUGGCAUUUUCUAGAGUUUGCCUUUUUCCGAUAUGAACUUCAAGUUCCCCUGACCCACCUCUACAACAAUCAGGAAGCAUUACAGGAAGACUUCCACGGAGAAUGAAAACAAUUUUAAAUAAUUUUUUUCUUGGGACUGCAUUUUCUUACUGGGAAAAAAAAAUGUCCAGGAUAAAGUCAAUGCAACAGAAACAAAUGCUUUUAUCAGUCCAUUGGAAGGAUCUAUUCUUUGGACAUAUACUAUGUGAAGCAUUAGAGACAACACAGCAUAUACAGUGAGCAUGUAUCUGUGACUUAACACCCCAGGUACUAUUUACUGUCCUAAUAAGGUAUCCCUUAUUCCAGGGUUCCUAAUGAAGCUCCUUUAUUUUUUUCAUGCGGUCUGGGGCUUUUUCUCCAUUAUGUCAAUCAUAAUGAAUGAAAAACUGAAAUCUUCAAUCCAGAGGCCAUUGUCUGGUCUCUUUGCUGUAAGUGUUAAGACAAAGUCAAUAAAUGACCCUUUUUUUUUUCUUCACUUGUACCUCCUUCCCCACAGAAUCCAAAAUUGAGUAUUCACAGACAUGAUCUUUAUAUACUGCCUGAUAUCAGUAAUUGAUUCCUCAAAAAAUAGAAUAUUAGGAGAUAAAAUGAGUGGAAUGCUAGACUUAAGAUCAAGAAAACAUGAAUUCAAAUCUUUCCUUAAACAUUUCCUAAGCAUGUGACCCAGGGCCAGUCACAACUCCUCUGAACUUUAAUUUCCUCAUCUAAAAAAAAAAGAAUAAUACCUCCCAGAAUUAUUGUGAAGAUCAAAUGAGAUAACAUGUAUAAAGUACUUUGAAAACCUUAAAAUGUUAUAUAAAUGUAUGUAUUGUUAUUAAUAUUAUCAUGAUAUAGGAACAUUAUUUGUCUCAUAGGGUCAGUGUGAAGAAUGAGUAAGAUAAUAUAUGGAAUGUGCUUUGUAAUUUAAGAGGCUAUAUAAUUUUGAACUCUUAUCAUUACUAAAGUUUUACAGGAACUUAGCUCCACAGAAACGCUAUUAGGAAUGGACUCAUUAGUAAAUCAGUUAAUAUUUAUUAAGCAUCUGCUAUGUGCCAAGGACUAUGCUAAAUGCUGGAUAUACAAAAAGAGGCAAAAUGUAGUCCUUAUCUUCAAGGUGCUUACAAUCUAAUGAGCAUUAUCUAAUAGCAUUCUGGUGUGAUUGUGGUAAAAUCUUGUCAUAAUUAUCAGUGAUAUUACUGCAGGAGGCCCUUGAUUACUGCAUAUUUAUAUGGACUCUGCCUGUAAAUUCAUCUGAAGGUUAAGGUUAUAAUGUGAUAAUCAGAAACUUAAAUGUGCUACCUGGAAUGCUAUGUCUGUGAAAGUGUAGAUUCCUUAUUUUAAAUCAUGGAUUCUAUGCACACACAAUAUAUUUUAGCUGAAUUACUAGCAUUUUGCAUAGUAUUGGAGAUUGCCUUCCUUUCUGGUGAUUCUACUUGAUCUUCAGAUGAAAAACAAUAAACGUAUUGUGUCCAAGGUUGUAAAUAGUUUUAUUUUGUUUGUUUGUUUUUUAAAGAUGACUGCUUUUGUAAAAAAAAAUUAUAACACAAAAUAGUUUAAACUAUUCAAUAUCAUGCUAAGUAUAUUUAUAUACUAAGCCCUCUCUAAUAAAGAGCAUUUUCAUUUUA